GGCUGGCAGGGAGCUGAGAUUGGAGGGCACAUGCCUGGAAUAACCACAUCCCUGUGCUGACACAGCUGAAAAUGCAGAGAGGGCAGGAGUGAAGGGGAACAAGGCUGUCCAGGGACCAGGAAACAAGGAGUUACAGAAGCCAUGCCCCAGAACAGCCCUGGAGACCUACAGUGCAACAUAGCAACACUUCACCUUCCAGGAGCACAACAGGCCACCCCUAUGGCUGAGCAGCCCGUCCCAGAGAUAGCCCUGCUAGCCCAGGUGCUGGCUGCAGCCAACACUGAAGCCCCUUCACUCCGUACUACACGCCGUGGGUCCCAGCCCCCAGCCCCAGCCCGGGGCACUGAGGACAGCAAACCACCGCCCCUGCUCUCCCGCCGCAACUCCAUCCUCAGCCGCCGCAGCUCAUUCGGGAUGGUCCCGGGGAGCAGGCGUCCCUCCAUUGGCCCCUGGAUGCUCCACAGACACGUUAGCUUCUCUGGGCUCCCGAUUUUCCAACCCAUCCUGAAGAGCCGUCUUGAAAACACUUACAGGAUGGGACCAGACAAAGGCUGCAAGUUUGAUGCAGGGCGGGUGCAGCAGGUGCUGGAGGGGACCCUGGCCUGUGCCUUGGGGACCAGUGUAUAUAGUCCCCAGGGCAGUGCCCCACUAGCCCAGAGCCUGACUGAGCUGCUGCAGAACCAGGCCAAGGAGGUGGUGCCACCCCGCUACAAGCUGGUCUGCCACGUGGUGCUGGGCCAGCAGGGCCAGCAGAGCCUCUUGGUGGCCAGCCGGGGACUAUGGGACCCUGAGACUGACAGCUUUGCCUCUGCCACCUUCUCCAACGCCUCCCUCUUUGCUGUGGCCACAGUGUAUGGGCUCUACUUCGAGUAGCACAUGCCUCUCUGUCCACACAGUCUUGUAGAGCUGAAGGGAGAGAACAGCUGAAAUAAAGAGGUUUUGUCCAA